UGCAGCAUGCAGUUAGUUAGUCUUGCAUAUGCAAUUCCAACUCCAUUCUCCAAAUUGGUUUCAUUGGACGUUGUACUUUUGUCAUGACUAAUCCGACGUCCUUUGUCCGGUAGUGAAGUACGGAGUACACUCCUCUACUAUGUACAAGAAUUACUCCACACUUGUCCAGCACAGUUGAAUACAAUGUCGAUCACCAAUCCCCCCAAAGCCCUCUUCUUCGACGUCUUCGGCACAGUCGUCGAAUGGCGCUCCUGCAUUACUACGGCCCUCUCCCAAGCCGCCCAUCAUGCCCUCUCCGAUCCCCGCAAAGACCUCCCCGCUACCACGCGGGCCCGCGCCUCCGCCAUGACUCCCACAGACUGGGAAACAAUCGCGGAGACGUGGCGGGCGUCGUAUGCCAAGUUCACUAGCACCUGGGAUCCCCAGUCACGGGGCGGGUUUAUCUCAGUCGAUCAGCACCACUACACGGCUCUACAAGGGAUACUCGAGGAGCGGGAUCUAGGUGAUCUCUUCACGGAUGAGGAGCGGUGGGGCCUCGCAUUAUGUUGGCAUCGACUGGAGCCAAGGGCUGAUAGUGUUCGCGGGCUGGAGCUGCUGAACACUCGAUUCCGGACGUGCACGUUGUCCAAUGGAAACGUCGCUUUAUUACAGGAUCUCGUGCGGAAUGGCGGGCUGCCGUUCAAGGAUGUUCUCAGCGCGGAAAAUUUCAGGGCGUAUAAGCCUUCGCCAAAAGUGUAUCUAGGUGCCGCGGAGAGAUUUGGGCUGCAACCGGGUGAGUGUGCGAUGGUGGCGGCGCAUUUGUCGGAUUUGAAAGCGGCCAAGGGGCAGGGGUUCCAGACAGUUUAUGUUGAGAGGGAUCAGGAGGAGGCGUUUAGUGCUGAGGAGGUGGCAAAUGUGAGGGAGGAGGGUUUUGUUGAUAUAUGGGUUGGCUUGGGGGAAGGGCUCAUUGAGGCUGCUAGGCGGUUUGGCAUACUGUGAUAUGAAUAACGAAUACAUGAUAAUGCGAUACUUCCAAUGCUUCAUUAAAACAUGCGAGUGCAAUGGACGUCAUAGCUAUCUAUACAAAGGCCAGCUAGGUAUAUCAUAACGUCAGUAAUUUAAUAG